AUGAAUGCUGCUUUGGAUUCUCUUGCGACUUUCUCUCUACUCAAAGCACCCAGACAGAUAUUUUAACCUUGUAGUUAUUACGCCGAAUGUGGAGACUAUCUCUCGUGCCAUACUUUCAAUGGUAUCAAUAGAUGCUAUCAUUAUCCAAGACUAGGAGGUGAGCCUUGCUCUUCAGAUCUCAAAGCUUAAUGUAUGAUCGGUCUAACCUGCCAUGAAAAGUAUAAAGUUUGUGUACAGAACGAACAACUAAAUGUGCUACCUAAGUGA